UCUUCCGUGAUUCCCGGUGGACGACGAAACAGGUCUGGACGCCGAUGCCGCUCGCCUUCGGAUCCUUUUGUUAGUGUUCGUGUGCGACAAACAACGUAUGAACAGCUGACUUCGCUAAAAGGUUCUCUGUCUCUUCGGACUAUGAACAACGUUGUCCUGCAUCUUUUGUCAAUUUACGAAGUUGCAAAAGUAGAAGAUCGAAGCGACUCUGCAGAUCGAAUUGCAAGUGACAACUCGUUGGAAGACUCAAGGACAACUCCAGACUUGAGAGGAGAUGACACUUCCAGCAUGUUCAUGCAACAGACAUUUGUUACCUCUACCCCAGUCAGACACAGACAGAGUUUGGGUUCCUCCACAAACAAUCAGACAGAAAGACUUCUUUACCAGCCAAGAGUCAACAGAAAUACACUUUGAGGAAACAGAGGAUACCCAACUAAGUUCCCUGGAGUCUGAAAGUGAUUCUACUGAAGUGGGUGAUCAAAGAGAAACGUGUUUGAGCUCAGAACAACAUGAAUUGCUGUUGUCCUUUCUCGUUGACUCAGUCUCAGCUGAUGAGGAAUAUGAACCUGAUAGUGAAGAAUCAGAAUAUGAGGAUAACUCAAUGAUUGACGAACUAGAUGCAAGCUUUCUAGAUGAUCCAUUCAUGGCAGAUGUUGCUUUCAAAGAAGCCCCAGAGAUUGUGACAGGCAGUAGAGAUGGUAAGAAACAUUUAACACUGAAUUGGAUGCAGAGGAAUGUAGAGUCUACUUUCACACAGUGUAUCUCAUUGUAUUGUAUAAUUUAUUAUCCAACCUCUAUUAUCAUAGGCAACAAUUCUGAAUCUAUAAAGCAAUCGUUUAUGACAGCAAGCAGGCUAGAAAAUAGUCCUGAAGAAGCUGUGAAUGAACGUGUUGUGUGUGAUGUUGACUGUAUAAUCCAGCCUCUGGGCAAAACCUGCAGACAACCAAAUUGCCAGGCAUCGAUUUCCUAUAAAAAAAUAAUGUAGGGUGUACACUGAACAUCCAGUGGAAAUGUCUCCAAGGCCACAGUGGCAAAUGGAGCAGUUCCAAGAGAUGCUACCACAGAAAUGGUACCCUUUUUUUGUUAACAAUGUCUUGAUGGCAUCUUCAAUUCUUUUGUCUGGCAACAACUUCAGCAAAAUUGCUCUUUUCUGUACAUCGUUCAAUCUGCAACACAUCAAAACAACCACUUUCUAUCAAGUACAAAGACAUUAUCUAUGUCCAACAAUUGAGAGCUAUUGGAAUGAACAGAAAGGAAAAAUUUUGUCAGCAAUCGGUGAUAAACCUCUAGUUGUUAGUGGAGAUGGACGAAAUGAUUCCCCAGGAUUCUCGGCGCAGUACUGUCUGUACUUAGUCAUGGACAAUGAAACAAACUGUAUCAUUGAAGUACAGGGUGCAUGUAGAUAAGAGAGAAGUGGACCUGAAGUCAGUACGGAUGGAAAAGCUGGGGCUUCAACGUGCUCUUGCAGCUCUGAAGGGUACAGUCAACAUAGUUGAACUUGUCACCGAUGCAUCGACAUCUAUUGCUGCGAUUACGUCUCGGGACCUAGAGUACAAGAACAUAUUUCAUUCGUUGGAUGUCUGGCAUAAGGCUAAGAAAUUGGCCAAAACCUUGACAGAGGUAACUGUUUUCAUUGCUAUAGUCAUUUUGGUUAUAACACCACAUUUAGGCAUCAAAGAAGAAAGGAAUGGGAAGUCUGAGAGAAUGGAAGCGUUCCAUCAUCAACCAUUUCUGGUGGUGUUGUGCACAAUGUGAUGGUAAUGUGGAGACAUCGAGGGUACUCCACUAAUUUCACUAAUGAAAAGUUAUAGAAAUUAUGUCAUUCUUCUUUUACCGGACACGUGUACUUUCGUGUUCGACUACAUAUGAGUCUAAGAACGAUUCGUGCAAGAGACCAAACGGCAGCGAAAACGCUUCAUGAAUUUCCUCGCCCCAUUCUUUUGUAUUGUAGCUAGGGACUGUGUGUACUCGACAACCAAGAAACAUUUUCAGGAGUUGAAUGCCACCUAAAGUCAACUAUUCACACGUCUCAUACUACAGUACAAUCAAUCCUUUACUACACUUUGCUGCAUCUAACACUGUUGAUAGUCAAUGUUUGCUGAUAUCAAUUUGUAUGUCAGUAAAUACCAUACCACUGUCGUUAGAACGGAACUGAGUGCAUACCUAGACUGUACAUUUCAAUUGUCUUGAUCACGAUCGCAAA